GUUUCGUCAUGGGCCCCGUUGUUCCAUUCGCUUUCGAAGUGAUCAUUCGUACCGCCCUUCCCUUCCUCCCUCCCUCCCUCUCUCGAUUCGAUUGAUAUUAUGGAAGUGCUAAGUAGUAAAAGUGUAACUCGGACUGAAUUAUUACAGAAGCUAGGUUGAGUGGACCUGAGCUUCAAUUCGCACUGGGCAGUGAAUUUAGAAGUGUUUUCUAUGAGUCUGUGGUCUGGUUUGGGGUUUUAGAAGCAGCAAUAGGGGUGGGUGCACUUUGCAAUUGUUUUGAAGCUGUAGAGGUUCUCGUUGAGCGGUGUCCGCCGAGAUGGUGGAGAAAGCUCGGUCGGAGUCUCUCAAUGCCAAGAGGGGAGGGAACCUCUUGGCGCCAUUGAAGACCUCCGCCACUAUUUUGAAGAAGUCGACACCAUCUUCGCUGAAUUCGACGAAGAGUAGCUCGUGCAAUUCUAGCUCCAAGCUGUACAAGGGCGUGCGAAUGAGAACGUGGGGCAAAUGGGUUUCGGAGAUCAGGGAACCGAACAAGAGGUCGCGCAUCUGGCUUGGCUCUUUCCCAACAGCGGAAAUGGCCGCCAAGGCCUACGACGCUGCGGUGGUGUGCUUGCGCGGUCCAUCGGCGACGCUCAACUUCCCGGACUGUCCUCCCUCUAACCUCUGCCGAUGCACCGCGCCCCGCGACGUGCAGGCAGCAGCGGCGGCGGCCGCGGCAGCCUGCGCACCUCUAACUGAAUCAACCGAGUCAACGCCUCAGUCUCCUGGGACCGCUAGUUCUGAAGUUGAAACCGGCUCUCAUCACGAUUCCUCUUCGGACGGCGCCACAAAGGAUAGCUUCCAGUGUUCCACCCCCACAACCUCGCAACCCAACAGCAUGGCCAUGGACAUGAACAUGGAGAAUUGGCUAAAUGCCGAGUUCGGAGGUUUGCAGCCUUCGGACGAGGCUAGCGGCUUUCGUGAGCUAAUGAUGCAACUAGACCUCACGAAUUUCGCUACACUGGAUUUCGCAACGCCACCUAGUGUCAACGACGAGCAGAACUUCAGCAUGACCUCUCCCUCCAGUGAUGACGAGGGCUGCGUUCUCUUCGACCACGAGCUAUGGUGCUUCAACUGAGCUAUGUGACGCAUCGAAACUCCCUGCAUCUAUCUAUCAGGUUCAGUGUGCUGUCCACAACACACACUGCGAAGCUUCAAGACAAGCUGGGAGUAGAGAAAUUUUAUGGGAAGGAACACACCAUUGAUCGACCUCGAUUGCUCUAUUGCGCAACAUGCAGAGAGAGAGGGAGAGCACAGAUUGAGCAAUCCUGCCGGUUUCGUGUGUAUAGAUAGAAUUGAAGUGUGCAAUCAAUCUAUCAAUCUAUCAAUUAAUUAGUCAGUGCAAUCAAUCAAUCAGUGAGUGAGUCAGUGAUGAGAUGGCUUUCGCAGGCUCGAGUAGUAGCAAGGAGCACAUUGCUCAAUUUUUAUAGUGGAUUUUCAGUUGUGAGACUCGUCCAGGUGGGUCUCUCCGAAGUGUAAAGUAUUUACGUAGUGAAGCCUUUUGAUUAAUCUUUGCCAAAUUAAGGAAUUCCAGGUGCAUCAGACCUCA